CCUACCAUGGACAAGUUUUUCAUAAUUCUCCAUGUUUUCCUUACCUUUCUCUUUCUCUUGGUGUUAUAUAAAACAACGAAAAGUUCAAAAUCCAAGAGUUCCACCACCAAAUUACCCCCAGGGCCAUGGAAGCUACCUCUCAUUGGAAACUUGCACCAACUUUUUGGCUCAACUCUACCCCACCAUGUUCUAAGAAACUUGGCCACUAAGUUUGGACCCUUACUUCAUCUAAAACUAGGAGAGGUAUCACACAUCGUAAUUUCUUCACCAGAAAUGGCCAAAGAGAUUAUGAAAACACAUGAUAUCACCUUUUCCAACAGGCCACAGAUUAUUGUUGCCAAAGUUGCAUACAAUGCCAAAGACAUUGCCUUCUCUCCACAUGGAGCAUAUUGGAGGCAACUAAGAAAGAUGUGUACAGAAGAGCUAUUAGCCCCAAAGCGUGUGCAAAGUUUUAGGUCCAUAAGGGAAGAGGAGGUGUCACAAUUCAUUAGAACUAUAUCUUCAAGUGAAGGGUUGGUUGUGAACCUUAGUGAGAAGAUUUACCCACUCACAUAUGGAAUAACAGCAAGAGCAGCUCUUGGUGAAAAGUACAUGCACCAGCAAGAGUUGAUAUGCAUCAUUGAAGAGGCAGUGCUACUUGCUGGAGGACUUUGUGUUGCUGAUCUCUACCCUUCCAUUACUUGGCUUCAAAUGUUCAGUGUGGUGAAGGCUAAAUCUGAAAAACUGUUCAGGAAGAUUGAUGGGAUAUUGGACCACAUCAUUGAAGAUCACAAAAAUAGGAGAAGCAGCAAAUUGUGUGAAGGUGAUCAAAAGGAUUUGGUUGAUGUUCUUCUAGGCUUUCAACAGCCAAACAAGGGCAUUCCCCUGGAUCAUCCUUUGACUGAUGAAAAUGUUAAAGCUGUCAUCCUGGAUGUGUUCAGUGCUGGAACCGAAACAUCAUCAGCAGUUGUGGAAUGGGGCAUGUCAGAAAUGGUGAAAAAUCCAAAGGUGAUGGAAAAGGCACAAGCUGAGUUGAGAAGGGUGUAUAACAGCAAAGGGCAUGUGGAUGAGACUGAAUUGGACCAAUUGACAUACUUGAAAUGUGUCAUCAAAGAAACAAUGAGGCUACACCCUCCUUCACCACUGUUGCUUCCUAGAGAAAGCAAGGAAAAAUGUGAGAUCAAUGGAUAUGAGAUACCUGCUAAAACAAGGGUCCUCAUCAAUGCUUGGUCUAUUGGAAGAGAUCCUAUGUAUUGGAGUGACGCUGAGACAUUUAAGCCAGAGAGAUUUUUUGAGAGUUCAAUAGAUUUUAGAGGCACAAACUUUGAGUUUAUACCAUUUGGUGCUGGAAGGAGGAUGUGUCCAGGCAUUGCAUUUGCCAUUGCUGACAUUGAGUUGCCACUUGCUAAGUUGCUUUACCAUUUUGAUUGGAGGCUUCCUAAUGGAAUCAAACAUGAAGAACUUGACAUGAGUGAAUCAUUUGGGUUAACUGCAAGAAGACGAAAUGGGCUAUGCUUGAUUCCUACUAUAUAUUAUUCACACCAGCUGAUAGAUAGCUCACAUAUUUAAGCAAGCAUGCUAUGUGCUAACUAACAUAAUUAAGUUUGUUUUACUAGUAUGUAGCCCCACAAUGUCUGGCCUGAUUUACUUUAGUACUUCUACCUCUGCUCUUCGAGCUUAUAAACAUUAAGAUAUAUAAAUUUAUAUACAAUUAGUCCUUAUAA